AUGUCCGAGAAAGGCUUCGGAAAACCGGUUGACAAACUCGACCGCGCCUGCAAAAUCUACAAAGAAUGUAUCCAGUGUUCUCUUGCCCAAUUCGGCUCCGAUUGCAAGCCUGAGCUAAAAACCUAUCUUUUCGAGACGGAUUCGGGCCGAGUCAUGUGCACAAAUCAGCGGGGAACAUGCGGAAGAUCACUGUGCGAGUGUGACAAACAUUUUGCCAAAAUUCACUCGCUCGAAUACGAGUCCUUUAAUCCUAACUUUUCAAAUAUUAAGCAGAUGGAUCAGGUAAGCUCGGGCUCUCAAAUCUGGGACUCGAAGAAAAACUGCGAGGCAAGGACGACUUACAGAACAAACAUGGAGAAGGGGGAGAAUGGAAGUGGUCGUUCCUGCUGCUCUGGAGCUCAGAAAAUUACUCCAUUUUUUAUGUACAACAGUCUCACCCAUGAAUGCUGCGAAAACGGAGAGAUUGAAUCAAUAGGACAAUGCUGA